UAUAUGGGGCAAAAAUCCACAUCCAGAACUGGUUCAUCGGUCCAGCUGCUAGUCUAGGGGCUGGAAAACACCACUUUACUAAAAGUACAGGUCGCCGCUUUUAGGAUACGGCAGGAACAACAAAUAGAGGCAACAUGGCAUAUCCGCUAUAGGUAUUUUACAUACCCUGCAGUGUAAAAUGCUUAGCAGCCAGUGAAGGUGGUUCAACUGAGCGGGAGUGCAACAGAAGAAAAAAGCGGACGGGAGGAUCACUUUGGGAACAAAGAGCAGCAGUGUGGUGACAGUGCGGAGAUCCGCAUAGGGCUCAGAUCCGAAAUACCAUAAACUCUGCAAUUAACGCACAACACAUGGAAAGGGACUGCAGCCUGCAUCGAUACCUCGAAGAAAUGCAAUUUCUUGCCCUAUAAGCUACGCCAAGAAAAAGCCACAUCGCCUGCUGCCAGAUUUUACAGCCAGAUUCAGAGACUGGAAAAGGGGGAAAAGGAAGAAACCAAUUUUUCCUCUUGAAACUGGAUUAUAGCGCAUAGCGGUUGGACCAGGCUUUCAGAAAUGGGAAAAGCAGCUGUCCUGUAAUAAUGUACCCGCAGCACAGAGAAAGGGAGCAGCCCAUUUUCAGUACCAGGGCGCAUGUCUUCCAGAUCGACCCAGCCACCAAGCGGAACUGGAUCCCCGCCAGCAAGCAUGCUGUCACGGUGUCCUUCUUCUACGACGCCAACAGGAACGUCUAUCGCAUCAUCAGCGUGGGUGGCACCAAGGCCAUUAUCAACAGUACGGUCACGCCCAACAUGACCUUCACCAAAACCUCGCAGAAGUUCGGUCAGUGGGCGGACAGCCGGGCCAACACCGUCUAUGGGCUGGGCUUCGGCACAGAGCAGCAGCUCUACCAGUUCUCUGAGCGCUUCAGGGAGGUGAAGGAGGCCGCGCGGAUGGCACGCGAGAAGUCCCAGGAGAAGUUCGAGCUGAACAACCCCGGCCUCAGCAUUGCUGCCCCACAGGACUUUUCCGAGGACCGUGAGACGCCACCUAUGGUCUCCAUCAAUGGGCCUGGUGACGACAAGCUGUUCCGCAGCAAAAGCGCGGACACAGAGCUGAGCGCCGAGAAGGAGCGGAUCAGGAAGAUGCUGUCUGAGGGGUCUGUCUGUGAGAUGAACCUGGAGGCAGAGCUCUUCACCCUGCAAGACAGCAACGCCAAGCUGGUGGCUGCUCUACACGAGGCCAACACCAAUGUGGAGCAGUGGAAGAAGCAGCUGGCUGCCUACCAGGCAGAAACGGAGAGGCUUCGGGACCAGGUGGCGGAGCUGGAGGUCCAGGGCGGGCAGCAUCCCCCCAGCGACAUGAUAAAGGAGGAGCUGACCCAGUCCCUGGUGGAGCUGGAAGCCCUGCUCAAAGAAAAAGACGAGGAAAUCAGCAUUUUGCAUAGUAAGAAAUCCGGCAUUCAUCAGCUGGAGAAGGAGCGCGACGAAGCCGUCCACAGGCUGCAGCACCUGGAGAUGCGGAACGUGGAACUGGAACGGCGUGUGGAGAAGGCUGAACAGGCACUGGCUACAUCCCUGGGGGAACAGGACCGGACUGAGCACGAGGUGCGGAGGGUCAUCGACGUCCUCGAUGUCAAGAUCUUUGACCUGAAUGAUUUACGGCAGAGCCUGGCCAAGCUGAUGGAAAAAUAGUCUAACAUCCUGGAAACGCCAAGAGAGAGAGACGGAAGUUAAGGGCUGGUCCAGACUGAUGAUGCAAAAGCACAACAAGCCUGCACAAGGAAGGAGAGAAGGAUGGAUGGAAGGAAGAAUGUAAGAAAGGUCACUCUACUGCAGAUACUGCACUCAUCCAGGCCAAACUGGUCUGUGUGGGGACAGCAUCUAAGUGGGACCUUAACAUCGUUUCAGUUGAAAAUGGGAUAUUUUCUCAUCCGUUUAUCUUUCGUGUUACUAUGGCUUCACAGGGCUGAAUAUUAAUGGGCUGUGUAUCUUAUUAAACCUGUCAGUAUUAACACCAGAGAAUAAAGUCAAACAUUUAUCCAAGUUUAGAGUUCAUCAGUGAUUGCACUUAAUAUACAACUGCUAAUCAUAUUAUUAGAACAAGCGUAUUAUCACUAUUAUUGAAAGAAUUUUGGCCAGUUCACAGAGACAAUUAUUAUGAUUAUGAUUAUGGUUCCCUGAAUUGGUGGGAAUAAAAUGAAUGUAUGUUGUACAAUCUUGGUUUAAUUCUAAUCUGAGAAUAUCUGUCAUUAGUCAGGGGAAGGUUUGUUCAGGUGGAAGACGCUGUCAGUCUGCCAGAGCACGGAUAACACAUCCAGCGAGUGGAUAACACCUGUCACUCACACGGCCUGUGCACAUCCCUUUCUAAGAUGACUAAUGACAAAUACUUUCAUUAGAAAUUAGGUAAUUCAUUUCAGUGAUUUUAUAUAUUUAGUCACCAUGGUAAAUUAAAUAGUCAGGUUACCAUCUCAAUGUUUUUUUAACUGUGAUGAUUGACACUAUUUUUAUUUUAAGGGAACCUACACAAGUGUGACAUGCAUGAAUGAGAUAUCAGUUAUUGAAGCCAAAAGAUCAAAUUGCUUGUUGCUUUGUUAUAAUACUGGGUCCUUAUUAUUAUAUUAUUAUAUUGUAUGUGGUGAGUGAGAUAAGAUCCUUGUUUUAUGUUUAAUUUAGAAGGACAUGUUUCUCUUAGUUUUUAAAAUACUCUAAAGGUUUCAUUUACAUUUUCUGUUUACAAGUUACUCUUAAUUUGUCACACAACAUCUGAAACUGAAAUAAAUUGCUUGUUUACAAUUAAUAACAAAGGUAUGUCUUUAAACACUUUCACAAAGCACUCUUUUGCAAUGCCACAAGUUAAAUCUCAGCAUCCGACAGUUAUACUCGGUGGGCAAACAGACAAUAAACGCAAUGCUUUCUGCUGUAUGUUACUGAUAUGCGAUUAUUACGAACUGUACUUUCAUGUAUUUCUGAGAGAGAAUCCACACAUCUGGCAAUGUGUGGCUUUAAUGGAAAUUGUCAUGGAAAUUUUCAUGGUAAGACUCAUGCUCGCAUUUAGAAUAACUGUGUUUUAGCGCUCCUGACACUAAUGCGGUCAAACAAGUGAAAGCCCUGAAAAAAAGCCUCUCAGGGUAACUGCAGGUGUGUGAAUGACUGGCCUGGUAAUUCAGACAUACCAAAGACUAGAGUUCACAUUUGCUGCAGGUAUGUUUCCGAAUCACCUUUCAAUAGGAGUACAUUUUUCUCACUCAAUGAAAAAAAUACACAUUUAUUGCAUAGGAUAAUUUUUAGAUAAUUAGGUAAUUUGCAAGAGAAAGCUGAUGGAAACCUAGGAAUUUGGUAACUAUAUGUCGGCUUUAUUUAUUGAAAUGCACGUACCCACCACAGCAUGGAGUGCUAAGCAUCAUUGGCUCUUGUGAUUCGUCCGAGAUUUGUACAUGGUGGUAGUUUGAGUACCGAGAGUGUCUGUGGAGUAAUGCUGACUUGGUGAAUGUGUUUCUUAUUUGUAGGUCUCAGGUGUCUUAAAAGUGCUUGUUGUAUGACAUAUAGGCAAUUCACUUUGGCAUAUAUAUAUAUUUUGAACAUUAAAGCAGAUGGAUGAGUUUGGAAGGUAGAUCCCAGUUAAAGUGAAGCAAAUGUGCUUUGUGCCACUUAAGUAAAAAUCAUUAAUUAACAAGAACAUGUGGACUCUACAGGUCCCAUUUGUGCUACUUACACAUGAAGUAUGAGGCGAUCCCUUUCAAUCACCUUUCUCCUUUGAAGGUUUUCACAGCUAAAGAAAUUUAUGUAGUAGUUCAAGAUGUAUGAUUUAGAUUAAUCGGGUUUCUUGUUAGUAAACUGUUCUGCCAGAUAGUUCAGGUUAAUGCAUCUUCUGCUGAAAUAAUAAUUAGUUACUUUUGCAGUUAUGCUUCAUCAAGCUGCCGAAACAUAUGAAUAUGCAAACCUUUAGCUAGAUAGCACUGAAUAUGUGUACGGUAGCUUGCAGUUUGGUGUUCUCUCCACAGGUAGCAGCAAUUAGGAAUUUAUAAAUGACGUUAUAUACUAAGGUGUUAUGACAGAGAGAAGGGAUGUACAGUGUGUCCACAUGGAGUGCAACUCAAAAUUUGAAUUUGUCUGGAACAUAUUUAAGGAUUUUUAUUGAAUAUGGAUCCAUAAUAGAAGUAGCUUGGCAAUGUUAGAAGUGUGUUCAUGUUCUGUAAAGGUCGGUAGGCCUGUGCAUGCUGUUACAUCGUAUACUUUCUAUGCAGUCUGCAAACCAUAUUUAUAUUCACCCAGUUGGACUUUGUGUGAUUUAUACUUUUUGGUCCUGAUGAAUAAGUACUGUAUUGUCCAGGGAAAUUAACUUUUAUCAUGUUUCCACUAUUUUUUGUUAGUAAGAACUAUGUUAUAUAAAUAGAAACACUUUUGUAAAAAGUGAUUGCUGAUCCAUGAUGUGUACGAGACUUGUGAGUAGCUGCAGAAAGCGUCUUUUGUUUUUGUUGCAUUAUGAACAAUGGCAUGAUGUGAGGCGAGUCUCUCUCUCGUACUUUCAUGUUUUUUUUAGGAUGCCCAGAUAUUUUUUGCAGUGCAGCUCUGGGGAACAGAAAAUGAAAUAUUAUUAAUUCCACCAUAUUAACAUCUGACAAUUAUUCAAAUGUAAAAAAAGAACUGGGAACUAUAAACGGUCCCUUUUCCUAUUAAAAUAACAAAAUGUGAAA